AAUUGGUACCCCCAGUCACAAGCUAAACGACUCCCUGUUGUCUCAAUGAGCCGCCUUUUGGAUCGUUGCUGGAUGCAUCUGUAGUGCAGACGUUGACGGUUGGUUCUAGACAUUGAUCAGUUAGACUGUAGGAACGCAACAUCGCAUAGCUAUUUCGUUCGCAUUCAACCCGUAGCUGACUCGAGCUCGCUCCUAUGGCCGCGUCGCUUCAUUUCGUGGUAGAUUCAACCAUCGACGGCAGGUCGCUGGCGACCGUCAAAGAAGCUCUUCAGCGAUUCGGACAUUUGGUCGCUAUCGGCCAGCCUCAUCCCUGGAACUUCGCUGCAAACGCCGUCACUCCGAGCAUAUCAGUCCACCACAACCGAUGGGUUCCUGAGACAAGCCAAUUUGAGCUUGUCCAGGUGUACCCAGCAGCCGAGAGACCCUUUCAGGCGUUCGCCUUGCGGGAGUUCAACCAUGCGCUGUCAGCCGUGAACCUCGCUCAGUCCGCUACCUCUCUGGCGCAGAGGCUACAGCGGAGCCUCACCGUCUCGCCGCCUAACUCUAACUCUGGCGGCCCUGAUGUAGUCCGGUUGAACGCGUUCUCGAUGGAAGCUGGACGAGAGCCUGAUAGUGAUGGACAGCUCGCUGGUGGUGGAUUCGGCAGUCAGAUGGCUUUUCUUGCAUCAUUACUGCGAAUGCGUGCCCAGUCAAAUGGUGGUGGGAGCAUUGUGGAAGAUCCCGAGAACGGGGAUUCAUUACUGCAGAUGGCCGGUGGUGGUGCCUCGUCCCCCAAGCUGCUGUCUGGUGCCAGCUGCAAGGUCAUCUUCGUCUGCGGAUCCAUCCUGCAGGACCCCGCUGAUGAAAGCUUCCACUCCGCCGUGAUGGAAGCUGCCACUCGCUGUGUGUCCAUUGACUUUCUUGUAGUCCAGCCUGCAACCGGCAACAAGGCAACCUGCCACAGCAUGAGAUCCGGAUAUACGGGUGACGUUUGUUCUCCUCCAAUGAACCACCAUCCAUCAAGGCUGGAGGAGCUGGAUGACGCUGUGUCUGGCUAUGAGAACUGCUCCCUGCGCUGCAUGCCAUGCGAUCCCGUACAGCUGGAUUCGCACACCAAGCGAUGGCUGCAGCAUCUGCACUCGUGUGGCGCAGACACCACCAUCGACUUCGCCCUCCAGUUUGGGGCCUCCAGGGCGACGAGCAAGAGGGCCCAGGGAGACGGCACCGCAGGGGCAGCGAAGCCGACACCUCCUCUGAGCAUAACCUGCUCUGCAUAUCCCACGGUGCUGCAACUGCAUGACACCAUUCAGCCGUGCCUGACCUGCCGCUGCCAUGGCGUGCCUCUGACAUUCCCCUCCACUCUACCCGGCACCUCCAGCCCUCCCUUGGCUCGCUCUGCUAGCCCCACCCUCCCCCUCACCAAGGCCCCCAGCCGGCGCUGCCCUGUCACCGGGCAGAGGCUGGACGCGAGUGACGUGGCGAGUAACACUGUCAUGCUGGGAGCGUCAGGGAAUGGAGGGAGGCGGAGUGGCGGUGCAUGGGAUGGGGAUCUCGGGGCUGACGCUUGCGGAGUCUUGAGGGAGAGUGGCGGAGGAGAGGAGGAGGUGUGGAGAAGGCGGUCUAGAGGGAGGGCUCGAGGAGAGAGGUUAGGGAGGGAUGAUGUGGGUGAUGCGAGUGGUGGUGGGAGAGGAACGUUGCUGCACUUGCCGUCGUUUAAGACGGCCAUGGAGGCUCCCCGGUUGCAUGGAGGGGGCACACCUGCCGUGCCGCUGACUGUGAUCAAACGAGUGCCACUCUCGUCAGUCAGCGAAGGACUAAUUUUUGGGCUCCCGCACGUGCUCAUGCCAUCUCAGAAUCUGGAGCUGGACUUCUCCAACAGCUCGGAGCUCUCAGAGAUGGAGAGGAACGAGCACGCCUUUGCUGCUCUUUGCCGCUCACUGAACCAGCAUGACAAGGGGCUGCUCUGCUCCGGCCUGGUGGAUGCUGACACUCGCAUGGACGUCUCCUUCCCCUGCUUCUACCUGCUGCUGCCCACUGAAGCUGGAACCUUCCUCCUGCGGAGAGUGACUUCAGCAGAGGAGCUGCUGCCCCUGCCACCACGGCCAAUCAGCAACCUCGGAGAGGAGGACGAGGAGAAAGGGGAGCAAGUGGCUGCUGCUGUCGACAUGGCCUUGUCUCAGCUUGAGGAGGAGGCGUUCAACCCAGUGGAGGUGGAGCGGGGCUGCCACCAGCGCCUGCAGUGGCUGCUCAAAGAGAGCUUGUACUUCCAGCCCAUACCCCCCGGUCGCCAGGGCUCCAACCUGCACUCUGUCUCCUAUGCCUCUCGCUCCUCCUCCCGCUCCCCCUCGUCCUCCUCGCCAUCAACCAUUGCUGCCACCACCGUAUCUAGCAGCCCUGGGGGGUCCCCUGCGCUGCUUGCUGCUGCCACCGGGAGAAGGGAAAGGAGGAGGUCUGGUUCUUCAUCGUUUGUUCCUGCAGGUGCUGCUGGUGCGGCUGGUGGUGCUGGUGCUGGUGUUGGUGCUGGUGGUGGUGCUGGUGGUGGGAGGGUGGCGCUUCCUGUUUCUGCAUUUGUGGGUCUCGAUGGUGACUCGGGGAAGUUUGGAGUGAGGCUUGGGGCGGAUUUGAACCCCUCUGCUGCUGAAGACUGGCAUUUUCGAGCACGGAGAGAGCAGAGGAUGGCACAGCUUCAUCAGAUCAACCAAGGGCAGCAGAACCAGCCACAGCAGAUGCAGCACCAGCAGCAGCAGCAACAGCAGAUGCGGAAGGGGUUGGCCUCAGGACAGCAGGCAUACAAUCUGCAAACAGCAACUGCCGCAGCACCGCCAUUGCGGUCGCCCUUCGUUCCCACCCCUCCCCCACGUCGCACCACACAAACCUCCUUCCAGUCCCCUUCUUCUGGCGCUGUCUCAUCCUCUCCCUCCCACCGAAAGCUCUUCCCCUACCUCUCCGCUCCGCCCCGCGCCCCGUCCCCCUCCCGGCCCUCCCCCUCUCGCUUCAUCAUUACUGCCUCUCCUCCUGCCGCAGGGAUUGCUGCAGGGAGAGCAGGGGAUGGAGCUGUGGGCCACCUGGAAAACACUUCUGAUACAGGAGAGGUUAAUAACCCUGCUGCUGCUGCUGCUGCUGCUGCUGCUGCUGCUGUGCGCGCUCCAGCACAAUCUCUCUCAGAGAAAGGAGGGUCUCAGAGCACCCCUCCUCCUGUCGUUUCUGGUGACUGCACUCCUGCUGUUGGAGUUACAGGGACUGCACCUAUGCACACAACUGCCACUGCGAUGGCUGCUGCUGCUGCCCCGCGCCUAGCCCUGCAUGUACCCGCAGAGGACGAAGACGAGAUUGAUGAAGACGGAUCAGCAGCAUGGCCCGUAGAGCUGGAGAGGCUCUCUAGUGGGGCGGGUAAGGGCGCACCCAGGGGUCCUCUUGGACUUACCAGGAAUGCUGGUGCUCAUAUUUCCAGCAGCAGAGGCAGCAGGGCUCAGGUUGCUGGCGAUGGGGGCAGGGAAGAGGAAGCUACAGAGCAGUUUUCCAUGAGUGAGGCAUGCAUGCAGCCAGAGCAGACGUUGCCCCAGCUGCAGCUCCCUCCCUCAACCGCCCAGUGGCCCUCCAACCCACACAACACAGCAGCAGCAGCUCCAUCAAGCAUGGGUAGCCCCUCAACCAUGGCUCCUCCCUCAGGCUACUCCCGACCAUCUCUCCCUCCUGCACUCUCAGCCGAGGGCCAGAUCCACCUGGCUCGAAGGCAACAGCAAGCAGAAGCGCCCCCUGUGCCUGCUCCUCUGCAGGACAACAGCAAUCUGCAUCGGCAGGCACAAGCAGCCCUGACAGGGCUGCGGGGUGCUCUGGACAAGCCACACUUCUCCCAGGCCCCCAGAUUUGCAUCCAUCCCAGGGAUGCAGAGGGCUGGUAUGGGUGGCGGGAGGUAUGCUCGAGUGCCUGGCGCAGCAGGGACGGGAGGUGCGGAUCUGAAAGGGAGGGGAGGUGAAGCUGGGACAGGGGAGGGUGAUGGAGCAGGAGGGAAAGGGUCGAGAAAGGGGGGUUUCAGGAGAAUACGGCAGGGGAAAGUGUAGUUAUAGGUGCAAAUUCGUUUUUUGAAGCGUGUUUCUUCCUUAUCUAGCUCUCAGUGCUACCAGUCUAUGCUAAUCUUUUAAGACAGAGAUGUUUACUGAACUUGA